UAUAGUAUUACUUCUUUCUUCUUCUUCUCUUUUUCAUCAUUUAAUUAUUUAGUUCUCUAUUCAUACUCAUGAACUUUAUCAAUUUUACACUUCAUUCUUGAUAACUCUAACGACAAGUAAAGUUGAGUCCAAAACUAAAGUUCCUCGAUUAAUACGGUCCAUUGUAAGUAUUUUCUCUUACUGCAACAUUUUUGAUACGAACGUACAUCUCAGACUCUCGGCAAUACGUUCAUUCCAUUCGUUUUGCAUAAUCUUCUUCAGAUUAGAAAUACUAAAUGCUUCUCAAUAUAGAUCGAUCAUUCCUUGUUAAAAAUCAGCUCUUGCACGCUUGCGACAUCUUUAGUUUUCAAAGCACUUAUUGAAUCUUCAAUAUCCAUCUUCUGUAUCAACCCAUCCCACAGGUACUUGUUCCUCCCUUCGAUUCACUCCCUUUGAUUUUCAACCAAUUACACGAGUCCAAUACAUCAUGAUCACAUGAUACAUUUGAUUAAUACUUGUCAAUCAUAGGGAUAACAAAUUCACUUUUGCUGUUCUCUACUUCUAGAUCCAAACGAUCUAAUUGUUUAUUUAUUUUCAAAACAACUUCUCCAUCAAGAACCCAAAAGUUCAAGCUUUGACUCCGAUCAAUUCAAACCUAUUCUUUUUCAACACGUGAAGCACACGUGAAUAGUAGAUCAAUACCAAAUGGCUCCUCCACGUCCCAACGAGAGUGAUGACGAGUCUGAGCUGUCAGAUGUUGAUGUUAGUGAGAUACAAAGUGUAGCUCUUUCAGAUACACCGAGAUCUGCAGCAAAGCGAUUCAUUUCAGAAUCCCCUGAAAUCGCCGAGACGAACAGGGAUCUCGAGUCUCAAACCAUUGCAGCAUCAUCAAAUGGGGGGGAAAAUGGCGAAAUAAUCGAUCUUGAUGAGCGACCACAAUUCCAGGAAAAGGGUGACCAAGAAGAGGGCUUUAUGACGGCAUCUGCGUCUCCGAAGAAUAUUAGGUUGUCAAUACAGGGCACUGGGCGCCUAGGCGAGAAGUCCAUCACAGAAAUGGACCCUAAAAUGAGCACCCCUGAACAGUCAUCAGACACUCUAAAGAGAAAGUCAUUCACAAUUGAAUCUCCGAAAAAGGUUACUACGGGUCCUAAAGGCAAUAGGUCACAUAUUGGUUCAAAGUUCAUUACCCCAAGGGGUUCCUACAUACCACCACCCGCUCCAAAGGCCGAUGAAGAAACUGCUCGUUUAAGGGAGGUUUUAUUGCAUGUAUCAACUGAGGCUACUCAAGCAAUAUUGCGUGAGCAGUGGAGAAACUUCCUUUUUACGAAUGCAGAGGAUUCACACAUUACAUUCAUUCUUCGUGCCGGGUUGAAAAAUGCCAAUCCAAAUGUUCUUGUGCGCAUUCUCAAGGACGCCGGUGUUAUGAAGGAAGCUUUUGUUGAAGUUGUCUCUGCCAAACAACCCAUUGUCGCCAGGGUCCUCAAGAAUGCGUCUGCAAAUCAGCUCGCAGAUCUCGUACCUAGUAAAGUUCUCGAUCAGGCUUUGUCUGAACAUUUGAAGAGUGUUCCGGCAAAAUCUCUCAUACGAUGGCUGGCUGAAGCUGAUAGACUUGGUUAUACCCUUGACGAUAUUUUGGAUGAGAAUGAUGAGACCGUCGUGCCACACAUACCAAGUAGGGCGCAAAGUCAUGAUGGCGGUGAUACAGAAAUGAUCUAUCAGGCACCAAGGAAUCCCGAACCUCCAUCUUUGGAUCCUCUAGUUGCUGAGCAGCAACGAAUCAUCGCCGUUCAAAAGGCUCAAAUUGAAGCUCGAGCGCAUGUACUGGAUGAUUUACGAUGCCCUACCUGCACCUAUAAGUUUGAUACCAUAAGAGGAUAUAAUUAUGUGAGUCUUGAGUUAUCUUAAUUUUCUGCAAAGCUGACAGUGAUAUAGCAUCGAUCAAAGAAUAUUUGUACUAGAAAUCAGCCUCCAGGGUUGAAGUUUUACUGCAGUAAUUGUGCCCAGGGCUUUACAACGAAGCAAGGAAUGCUCUACGUAUGUUUUAUCUAUGUCACUUGAGAAUUUUGCUAACUUGCCAAAGCAUGAAAAGAAGCGCGUUUGUCUUGGGGAAGAAGGGCAAGAUGAUGAUGAAGCCAUUUUUCAAGACCACCUGGACCGUCCAAACCCGGUGGCGAAUCCUUCAAAUACUCAAUAUUUAACAGAUGUUAAAAACCAAUCGUACGUUGACCACCCUCACAAUCCAAGCAUUCCCGGACCAACGCACAAUAUUCCUCGUCCACCUCUACACACUCCAACAAUCUCUAAGCAUAUAUCAACAAUCAUCGCUGCCUCUCCUUCGGAUGAAGCGGCUCGUCAAUCACCAUCCGAAUUAACUCCCGAGAAACGUGCUGCUCUAGAAGCUGCUCUUCAAAGAGUAGAAGAAAAAUACGCCGAGGACCAAGCCAGUAUCCCGGACGAUUGGCCUGCAGAUAAACGAGAGGCACGACUUAUUUCUCUCAAAAAUGGAAACGCAUCCCGUAAAUCACAAAUCCGCAAAUCAUUUGGUGUUACUCUACGUAUGCGCGACAAGGAUAAGGAGGCAAAGAAAAGACGUGAGGUUUUAGGCACAAGUUCUCCAUUAGUAACUGCGGGAAUAAAUCGCAUUGGGGAUUCGCAAAAUUCACCAAUGGCUGAUUAUUCAAUGGGUGGUCAGCAAGUGCAUCAGGGGCAAGCGCCGACAGGUGUAAGAAUGGAAAUGGUGGAUAUGAGACCUGCUACAGGCUUUUCGCCAAUCAAUGCUCAACCGCAACAUUAUUCAUAUUCAAAAGCACCAGAAGGUCCCUAUCCUGUACCCCCUGGAACUCGAGGUUUUCUUCCAAGCUUUCCACCUACACAACUACCUUCCUCGCACCCACGACCUGGCUCGGAUCAUCAAGAUAAUUCUCAUGGAUAUGAUGGAAUUCGAGAUUCAGAGGAUCAUUCAAAUAAAAGAUUGAAACUUAAUUCGAAUGCAGGAAUGGCACAAGCAGAAGACGAAAGAAGUCGACAUUUUGCACCGUCGACUCCAGCGUCUAUGGGAAUGCAUGAGAGAAGUGCUUCCAGUUUGAGAGUUAAAGGUAAAGUUGGGACUCAUGAUAGAUCUGGAAUGCUCAUGCUGGAUAAACAAAGACCCGGUUCUGCGGGCACGGGCGGGAUGAUGAAUGGGAGUAGGCCUAGUUCUGCGGGAUCAGGUGGGGUGGGAAAUGUGCAGAGGCCUAUUAAGAGAGUACCAGUCGGGGCGAUUCAGAGGAGAUGGGAGGCUUUGAAUGGGAAGGGGCCCGGUAGGAGGGCGGAAGUUAGCGUUUCGACAACCGGGGUUUCGGGUGGAGUUGAAGCUGGGGCUGGGGCUGGGGAUGGGGAUAAGCUGAUGAGAAGUGUAGAGGAAGAUGGGAGAGAAAAUGAGCAAACCGAGGAUAAAAAUGGAACUGCAGAUAUAACCACGGUAGGAAAAAGUAAAGGUAAGGAGCCAAUAAGCGAGAGAAACGUCGUCGAUUUAGUUAGUGAUGAGAGUGCGAGUGAGGGAGGAACUGCUGGUAUUAGUGGGGAUGAUAGUUAAUUUUCUAGGACUGAAGAAAGAAGUAUAGAAAUAAUAAUGAUAGUAUAAAUAUCUUUUGAUAUAAGCGAAUAUGAAUUU